AUGUCGGAAUUGCCUCCGACGCAGGAUGUUAAUGAUAUACCAGGAAUGGAUGCAGGAUGGCAAUCCAGCGUUCAAGUUUGGGGUCGACUUCUGCCCCUGAAACCUAAAAUGCCAACUUUCGCAAUGUCAAAAGAUUCGUACACAGUUGGCCGAGAAGAGACAUGUGAUUUGGUUCUGAAUCCCUACAUGUUUGAUCAGAGCUCUCACGUUAACGCAAUCAGCAAGAAACAUUUCCGAAUUGAUCGCGUAAGUUUUGAUUUCAAUCGAUAA